AUGGGGGCAAGAUCGCUGACCUUGUUGUACCUCCUGUGCUGCCUCGUUGUUGGGCUCAUCGCUGGAUUUGGGGAAGAAGAGGAGCGGCGCUGCGACCCCAUCAGGAUCACCAUGUGCCAGAACCUCGGCUACAAUGUCACCAAAAUGCCCAACCUGGUGGGACACGAGCUACAAGCAGAUGCCGAGCUCCAGCUCACCACCUUUACCCCUCUCAUACAGUACGGCUGUUCCAGUCAGCUGCAGUUUUUCCUCUGCUCAGUGUAUGUCCCAAUGUGCACGGAGAAGAUUAACAUCCCUAUCGGACCCUGUGGCGGGAUGUGCCUCUCUGUGAAGAGAAGAUGUGAGCCGGUGCUGAAGGAGUUUGGGUUUGCCUGGCCCGAGAGCUUGAACUGUAGCAAAUUCCCACCCCAGAAUGACCACAAUCACAUGUGCAUGGAGGGGCCGGGAGAUGAUGAGGUUCCCGCGCAUAGCAAGACCCCUGUCCUGCCGGGGGAAGACUGUAACUCUUUUGGACCCAAUUCCGACCAGUACACUUGGGUUAAGAGGAGUAUGAACUGUGUAUUAAAGUGCGGCUACGAUUCUGGCUUGUACAACCGUCUGUCCAAGGAGUUCACAGACAUCUGGAUGGCCGUCUGGGCCAGUUUGUGCUUUAUAUCCACCGCCUUCACCGUCCUCACUUUCCUCAUCGACUCGUCGAGGUUCUGUUACCCCGAACGACCCAUCAUCUUCCUCAGCAUGUGCUACAAUAUUUAUAGCAUCGCCUACAUUGUCCGGCUGACCGUGGGUCGGGAGAGGAUAUCCUGUGAUUUUGAAGAGGCGGCAGAACCUGUUCUGAUUCAGGAAGGGCUGAAGAAUACUGGCUGCGCAAUCAUUUUCCUACUCAUGUACUUUUUCGGGAUGGCAAGCUCCAUCUGGUGGGUCAUCCUGACGUUGACUUGGUUCUUGGCCGCCGGACUUAAGUGGGGGCAUGAGGCCAUAGAGAUGCACAGCUCCUAUUUCCACAUUGCAGCCUGGGCAAUCCCAGCUGUAAAGACCAUAGUCAUCCUCAUCAUGAGAUUGGUGGAUGCCGAUGAAUUGACUGGCCUUUGCUACGUGGGCAACCAAAACAUAGACGCGCUCACGGGCUUUGUGGUCGCGCCUCUUUUUACCUAUUUGGUUAUAGGUACCUUGUUCAUUGCCGCUGGACUUGUAGCGUUGUUCAAAAUCAGGUCAAACCUCCAAAAAGACGGGACAAAAACAGACAAACUGGAGAGACUGAUGGUGAAAAUCGGAGUCUUCUCCGUCUUGUACACCGUCCCGGCCACUUGCGUCAUAGCCUGUUACUUCUACGAAGUCUCCAACUGGAACGUGUUCCGCUAUACGGCCGACGACUCCAACAUGGCGGUGGAAAUGCUGAAUAUAUUCAUGUCCCUGUUGGUGGGGAUCACCUCCGGCAUGUGGAUCUGGUCGGCUAAAACCCUGCACACGUGGCAGAAGUGCACCAACAGACUAGUGAACUCGGGAAAAGUGAAAAGGAAGAAAAGGGUCGACGGGUGGGUGAAGCCAGGGAAAGGGAACGAGACUGUGGUAUAGUAAAUGGUUGCACAUGGUCUUCUUUCAAUCGGAAGGCGACGUUUUUACAAUGUUGAGGUCAACGUUACUGUUGACUGGAGAGCAGCCAUUGUGAGGUCGGCCAUGCCUUCAUUCCCUCCACUGUGCAGAGCUACUGCCUGAUCACCACAGAUCUUCAGGAAUGAUAGGAUGGGAAACAGCUGGUUGACCUCUCCUCGGUCACUAGCAUUGGUCAAGACAGAACCUUCUUUUGGAUGUAGUACGUCUUCAACUGCCAGAUCUUUACGUGACCUCAUUGUGCCAGGCUUUGAUGUCAUGAAGAAAAAUGCUGUCCUGUGACAAUAAGGUGCCUACGUUAGCUAUUGAAAGCCAAUCCCUUAUAGAGGAUGCUGGGACUUGUAGUUUGAAACCAGAUUACAAGUUGGACUUCCCUGCUAAAGUGCAAUUUUUUUAAGGAAGGCAACCACUAAACACUGGAGAUUUAUAAUUUGCGAUUUUACGUAGUGGUGCCUUGGGGGAAACACAGACAUGGGCUGCAUUAAUACCUAUGCACUAGCACACGUCAACCAAUCAGGUUUGCUUUCUUUAGCGUAAGUGCACUAGACAGACCUAAAACUAUUUCUGAUUGGUUGCUGUGGGUUUGUGUAGAGGUUUAUUAUUGCUCUUAUGUUGGUGAGUUCCUUAAUUUUUCCCUUGCCUGCCUAGCCUUAUUGUGUUUCAUUAAGCCACUUCUAACUAGUUGUUCUUCAUAAAGAAAAUGAAAGUGAG